UUCAUGGUGCAAGUCUGCUGCAAAAAGCCGAUGGUGUUGUUUAGAAACAAUUUUCUCCAAAUUUCGCUGAAGCCAUAAUGAAUCGAAAUAAUCGUUCCGGUGGAAUUAAGUUUCGGGAAUUAGAUUACAAAAAGUCUUCGCCGUACGACAAAGCAAAGCAUGACAACAACCAGCGCAAAAAAGAAAAUGUAUUGAAGUUGUUUGCUGCAGCAGAUUUGAAAGUAACACACGAAGAUCUUGCUGAAAAAGAAAAUGCAAACUCUCGUACCCCGAAUCUUUCCACUUUUGAAAAUGGUCCGACUAUUGAUGAAAACAUUGACAGUGACAGUCAGACUAAAAUAGACAAUCAAGAGGAUCAAGGAGGAGACAACCGAGAGGAGCCUAUAAAACAUCAAGCGAAGAAGAUGAAAUUGGAUAAUAUUAAUGAAAAAUCAAUAACGAGUCCUAAACAACUCACUCCCGAUUCAUCCAAUCAUAAAUUACAAACUAAUCAGUCAGUGCAACAAAAGUGUAUAAACAGCGAUACAAGGAUUUAUAAUGUGAUGAUUGGGAAAAUUUCAACUCGAAAACACAAACAAUGGGAAGAUGAUGGAAUCUUGGAAGUUCGUGGUAAAAGUGCUACAUUAAAGGACGUCAAUGGAAAAUUUAUUGGUAAAACAACAGUUAAACCAGAAAUGAUAGAAGAAGGUUUCAGAAUUUGUAUGAGCGGCAAAGAAAUUGAAAUUGUGGAAUUGGCUUCUUCUCAAGAAACAGCAAAUGUUCAAACUUCUGAUGAUGGAAAUAUUAGCAGCAUUGUUUUGGAACCUCCCACCAAGAAAGUAAAAACAUCCAAAGGAUUCAUUCCAGUAAAGUCGAGUAGUUUGCAUUUCAAUUUUGAACCACUUAUAAUGCCAAAUCCAACAUUUAAUAUUGAAUCCUCAAUAGACGAUGUAGAACAAAAACUGCAUGAAGUUUCUGUAGACGGUUGUUUAGUUUCUGCUCUAAGACCUCAUCAACGUGAAGGUAUUAUUUUUAUGUACAAAUGUGUGAUGGGAAUGGCUGACCCCAGAUAUAAAGGUGCAAUUUUGGCUGAUGAAAUGGGUUUAGGAAAAACCUUGCAGUGUAUUACACUAGUAUGGACACUUUUAAAAAAAGGUCCUACUGGAAAACCUGUCAUAAAAAGAGCGCUAAUUGUAGCCCCCAGUAGUUUAUGUGGAAAUUGGAAUAAAGAGUUUAGAAAGUGGCUGGGAAGCAUGAAAAUUUCUCCUUAUGUUGUAGAGGGUAAACAAAAAGUUAAAGAUUUUAAAAAAACUCCUAGAGCUUGUGUUAUGAUAAUAAGUUAUGAAAUGUUUAUUAGAAAUGUAGAAGAUAUUAAUGACUUAAAGUUUGAUCUCUUAAUAUGUGAUGAAGGACAUAGACUAAAAAAUAGUGAAGUAAAAACAUUAAAGUCACUAAGUCAAUUGAGUUGUGAAAAGAGAAUAUUGUUAACUGGUACUCCAGUGCAAAAUGAUUUAGAAGAGUUUUAUACGUUAGCUAAUUUUGUAAGCCCAGGUAUUCUUGGUAGUUUUCAUGAGUAUAAAAGUUAUUAUGAAAAUCCAAUAGUUGUGUCCCAAAGAGCCUCAGCUGAUGAAGAAGAUAUUGAACUAGGACAGAGUAGAGCAAAAGAAUUGCAUGAAAGAUCAAAAAUUUUUAUACUUAGACGAACAAAUAAUUUAAUUAAUCAGUAUUUGCCUCAAAAGCAUGAACUUGUAAUAUUUUGUCGUUUAACAAAAGAACAAGAUAACUUGUAUGAACUAAUUACUGAUUACUGGUUCAAUAGAACCCUCAUGGAUGUAAAUGUUAUGCCACUAGCUAUUAUAACAGCUUUGAAAAAAGUUUGUAAUCAUCCAUACCUUUUCACAUCUGAAAAAACAGAUAUUCUGAAUGAAAUAUUACCGAAUAUCCCAACGAAUUUAUCUGCAAUCAACACAUCUUUCCAGUAUUCAAGUAAAUUUAAAGUAGUUCAAGCUAUUAUUCAAGACUUAAAAAGAACAUCAGAAAAACUAGUAUUGAUAUCAUAUUUUACACAAACUUUGGAUUUACUGGAAAAAAUUUGUUGUACAGAAGGUUUGCAAUUUUGCAGAUUAGAUGGAUCCACAAAUACAUCAAAUAGAACAAAAUUAGUGGAAAAGUUUAAUUCAAAAGAUAAUAAUUCAAUAAGAAUUUUUUUACUCAGUGCCAAGGCUGGUGGAACUGGAUUGAAUUUGAUAGGUGCAUCCAGACUAAUUUUGUUUGAUUCCGAUUGGAAUCCAGCUAAUGAUGCGCAAGCUAUGGCUCGAAUAUGGCGUGAUGGGCAAAAGCGAUCUGUUUAUAUUUACAGAUUAUUAACUACUGGUACAAUUGAAGAAAAAAUUUACCAAAGACAAAUUAGUAAAACUAGUUUAAGUGAAGCUGUUGUCGAUGCAAAUCAUAUAUCUUCUCUAAAAUUGUCAAAAAGUGAACUAAAGGAUUUAUUCUCUCUAGAUAGUAAAACUAUCUCUGUUACUCAUGAUCUCAUGGACUGUUCUUGUUCUGGAUCUGGUGAGAUACCUUCAAAGGAACAAGAAAUUCUAUCUACAAGUGAAAAUUCUAGAGAUUGUCAGUUCAGUCUUAAAAAAAAACCAAAGCAACAAAUUACUAUUAAUCAACUUCUUUGUUGGCAGCAUUUCAAGCAACCGAUCAGCUCAGAGCUAUUACAAGAUUUAAUGUUAAGUAAAGUAAAUUCUUUAAUCACGUUUAUUUUUAAAAAUUCAGUAGAAAAAUAAAUUGUUGUUAACUUUUACAAUAUACAUGAGAUCAACACUCAUCCAGUAUCAAAAGGUAAUACAUGUUAUAUUUUGUUAAUCUCUGAAGUCUAAAGUUUAAAAGUUCAAAUAUAAGUGACCUGUAGCAGUAUUAAAUACUGUAAAAAUCGUACAAACAAUAUUACAGUACCUUUAAUUCAACUACUUAUAA